GUUAGACAUGGUUCACGACCGUCGCAAAGAGGUACCAGAUAGCAUGGACUUCAUCAAGCAUGGCCCGGAGUAGAAAUGCUCGCCCAAGUGGUCGGGACGAUGAAGGCGAUUCCGCUCUUUCGCCCACCAAAUGGACACCCCGGCGUAAAUGGACGACGGCUUGCACAGCUCUGGCGGCAACCUUUCUCGUCACGCUCAAUGGGACUUCUAUCACGGCAGCGAGCUCGCAAAUCGAUGCGGCGUUUCGAAUCAGUGAUGCGCCAUUCCCCAACUCCUACUGGCUUGUGACGUCCUGGUCCGCCGGCGGUGCGUUGGGAAUUAUCGUGCUUCUGCCAUUGAUGGAAGACCUGGGCGUGCGUACUGGGUUCCUGGUUUUCUACGCAAUUUUCCUGCUCACAAUCGUGCCUCAAGCUGUGGCCCAAAACUUUGCCACUCUGGUUGUGACGAGAUUCUUCUCUGGCGGCUGUGCAGCGUUGCUGGCCAAUACGAUCAGCAGCAUGAUCCCGGAUAUGUGGGCGACGGAUGAGGAGCGAAACCUGCCCAUUUCACUCUACAUCUUGAUGUAUUUGCUCGGAAGCACCAUUGGACCUCCGAUAUUCGCCGGAGCACUCGAAUAUUUGGACAGCUGGCGAUGGAUCUUCUACAUCCAACUCGUGAUAUACGGCAGCCUUCUGCCGCUGCUCUACUUUCUGCUGGAAGAGACACGAAUCAAAGUCCUCAUUCGCCAUCGCAAUCGGCACCAGGCCAGCGCAGGCCCAGGAAACCCCAGAACCCUUGGGAAGCGCGCCUCAUCUAUUCUACAACGGGUCUGGAGAUCGGCCACCCGUCCGCUAUUCCUCGUCUGCACCGAGCCCGUCCUUUUCGCAAUCACGUUGUGGAGCGCUUUCAGCUUUGGAACCGUCUUCUUCUUGACUCAAUCCGUGGCUCAGGUCUAUCACAACGUCUACGGCUGGUCGGAAGGCAGUACCAACUACACCCUCAUCGCCGUGUCCAUUGGGGAAAUCGUUGGCUGGCUGGCAACGUUGUACGGCGGUCGUCUGUUCCGACGCAAUGAGAAACGUGAAUCGGGCCCUGUCCCGGAAGCACGGCUGUACAUUGCUAUUCCUGCGUCGGUCAUCGGCAUUGUCGGCGGCAUGUUCAUCUACGCCUGGGCGGCAAGGGCCUCGAUAUCGUGGGUGGCGCCAACAAUCGGCCUCGGGCUGGUAGGAUUCGGCAUCCAGGUGGUGGUGUUCACCGGGACAGAGUACAUUACAGAUUUAUACUCGGCAUCCUCGUAUGUCGGUAGUGCAAUCAGUGCUGUUGCCGCCGGUGAGAGUAUUGUGGCCGGAUUUCUGCCACUCUCUACGGAGCGCUUGUACACGGAUCUACACCCGUACUGGGCGGGUACUCUACUGGGGAUGAUUGCUCUGUUGCUGAGUCUUGCUCCAGUUCUCUUCGUCUGGCGAGGCAAAUGGUUCCGUGAACGCAGUCCAUUCAUGCUGGCUGGCGGUGCGACUUGAGCAUGUAGUCAGAGGACCGGAGGAACUUCGUCGAGAUUCAGCGGUGAGAGACAUGCAGGCCACUGGCAAAGGUCGUACGCGUGGAGGGGACAGGCGAAUUCCAGGCCGAAUCCCAUUUUGCUGACAUUGAUGGAGAUGAGAGACUACCAGGUACGGACCUGCUCGGGGACAUGGAUGACGGAGGCAUCAGCCAGACGUUGAAGGAACGUUGUGUUCGUCGAAUCAUUCAAAUCAGAUAUGCACUCACAGUGCCAUUCAUGCUCAUGCAAUACAUGGCCUUCAUCUCUGCCGCGCCGCUGAACCUCCGCGGCCACGAGGGGCGCUGAUUGGCUGCGGCUUCCGUGCCUGGCAUUGCGACAAACUUUAUUCUGGGAAAUUGUUUCCUACUUCCUCCGCUACAACACCCA